GAAAAGUGGCGAUAAGUGUAAACAACACUUGAGUUUCAGUCAAACUUUUCGAGACAUUUAAACAUUAAAUACACUUUCAGUGUGUGUUUUGUGCGCCUGUAUUACCGUUUGUGUGACCAAUACUAGUGGACAGGGAGUACAGCGAUGAGUGGGUGCGCGCGUGUGGGUCAGCUCGUGAGCAAACAGUCGGCGCUAUUUCUGUGCGAUAUUCAGGAGAAGUUCCGUCAAGGGAUCCAAUACUUCCCGGCCAUUGUCGAGGUCUCCCACCGGGUGCUCAGGGCCUCCAAGAUAUUGAAUAUAAAAGUGAUGAUCGAUUCACACGUUUACACUAUGCCAGUCGUUGUCACCGAACAGUACCCCAAAGGCACCGCUCCCUUGCAUUUGGUGCCACAUUUGCCGCACGGACUCAAUGGACAGACCUCCAGAUGUGCGGCCAAUGAGUGCAAUGGCAUCACUCGAGGACAUCCAUUGGCGGCGAAACGACACUUAAUGGUGAGCUGUGAGACCCUGUCGUGGAUGCGUUGGUUGAUUGGCGGGAACUGA